AUGGACCAUCAAGAAGAACAAACACAGGAAAUUGAAAUAUUACAAUCGAUAUAUCCCGAUGAACUAGAAUUUCUUAAUGAAGCACAAACACAUUUCCAAAUACGAAUCAAUUUAGAUACUGAAAGUGAACGCAAACAUGCAUUAAACUUGGUUGUCAAAUAUCCCAAAACGUAUCCCGAAGUCGUACCGGAACUACAUAUAGAAGUUGCCGAAGCAGAAGAAAAUGAAGAUGGAGACUACGAAGGAGAAUCUGACGACGAUGACGAAGACGAAGAAGCCAAACAAACAAGACUUGCAUUAAACAUGGCUGAAACAAUCGAGUAUGAACGAGGAGAUUUAUCAAAACUAUUAUCAAAAUUGAAUGAAGAAGCAGAGAUCGGAAUUGGAAUGCCAUCGAUAUUCACAUUAGUCACGGUCUUAAAAGAUGAAGCUGAAUCUUUAUUCAAUGAAAAACUAACCACAAAGACCAAAGAAUUUGAACGUAAACGAAAUGAAUUAGAAAAAAUUGAACAACAAAAAUUCCAAGGGACUAAAGUGACCCCCGAAUCAUUUAAUCAAUGGAGGUUGAAAUUUAGACAAGAAAUGAAAUUUGAAGAAAAAGAUGAAUUAAAAAUGCAACAAAUGCAUGGUGGUAGAUUAACUGGAAAACAGAUAUUCGAGCGUGGAUUGGCUGGUACUGAGGAAGAAGAUGGAAACGGUGGUGUUGAAGGUGAUGACUUGGUCGAGGGUGUUAAGAACAUAGCUGUUUAA